CCUUUGUUGUGCCCCACAAAAGGAAACACAUGAUGAUGGAUCUUUAAAAAGCUGCUGGACUUUGAAAGUGUCCGUCGUCUGUCCUGUCUGGACUGGAGUCGCUUUCUGAAAAACGUCACCACCCUGAUGCACCCUCAUUCUUCAUCCUAGGGGUGUCUCUGUCCCGAGGGUGGUAAAAUCGUUCCUGCGCAUCCCCAUCGUCGACUCGAGGCACAAUGCCACCGUUGUUGAUAAUUUUGGCCAUAACUUGUGCGGCUUCGUUGGCGCAGGACCAAAAUAAUUAUGAUGUCGACGACCCUUCCACCGUCAUUCUCACCAACAUUAUUUUUCGCCACGGAGACAGGACACCUGUUGACCCUUACCCCACGGACCCCUACCGAAACGUCAGUGUUUACUGGCCAGAGGGUUUAGGCCAAUUGACAGACGUUGGAAAAGAACAGCACUACCGUCUAGGCCAAUACUUUCGCAAGAGAUACAGCACCCUUUUACCAAAGAAGUACAACCUGAACGAUGUCCUUGUGCGGAGCACUGAUGUGGACAGGACUCUGAUGAGUGCGGAGAGCAAUUUGGCAGGAUUCUUCCCUCCAGUCAACCAGUGGGACGCAGAUUUAAAGUGGUCUCCGAUCCCUGUUCACACAGUUCCUGAAACUCUUGACAAGUUGGUUUCUAUGAAAUACCCUUGUCCACGGUACGAAUCAGAGUUGAAGAAGCUGAUGGAAUCAGAUUAUGUAAAAAAGCUCAAUGCUCAAUAUCAGGAUGUCUACGACUAUUUAACCGAACACUCUGGCAGAAAAAUCCAAGAUCCGACAACUCUGCAGUAUAUUUUUAAUACUAUGUGGAUUGAGAAUCUCAAGAACAUGGAGCUACCUAAUUGGACCAAAAAGGUGUUUCCAGACAGGAUGAAAGAUUUGGCUGCCAUCAGCUUCUCUCUAAACGCUUACACUGAGGAAAUGAAACGUCUAAAAGGAGGACCACUUGUGGGUGAAAUUGUUCAGCACAUGAAGCAAAAGAAGGAAAAAACUUUGACCCCAAACAGAAAGCUUUUUCUCUACUCGGCACAUGACACUACGGUGGCGAACAUUCUUAUGACUUUGGGAAUUUUUGACACGCAAAUCCCAGCCUACACUUCAUCCAUUAUUCUUGAACUACACAAAUUACCUGCUGAGAAAUACGCAGUUUCUAUUUUAUUCAAAAAUGAAACAAAACGUGAACCGUACAAACUGACUCUGCCUGGCUGUUCCUUCCGCUGCCCCCUUGAUGAUUUUGUUAAACUGACGGCGUCAAUGAUUCCAGAAGACUGGAUGGCCGAGUGUCAGUUGGGGACUGAACAAACAUUCCUAGCUUCGGACGAGGCAAAGUUACUGCGCAAUCUCUCAAUUACGGUUGUGAUUGGUUCUGGCAUUGUCGUUUUACUGCUCAUAAGUUUGCUUGUGCUGGCCAUUGCUUUCUUGCAGCAACGUAAUAGGAACAACAACUUCAGAUAUUCACCGCUGAGUCACAAUUUGUAUGCCUAAUGUCUAAGUUUUAAAUUUGAACAGAGUUUACAUAAGAAAUAAAAAUUACUGCCAUAUUUUUGAUGUCAUGACAAA